AUGUCCUCAAAGCCUGACCUCUUUCUACCAGCUUCAAGAUCCAUGUAUAUGCGAAGCGGAAUCCAAGUCCACCCUUUGACCAAAACACUCGCAUGGUUCAUCCGCAGCUCGCCGCACUCGAUCUCACCGCCGGCAUUCUGUAAAGACGCGAUCUUUGACCUGUUGGCCGGCGAAUCCGCGUGUUUCUGCCUGAAUUUGGGACAACCCACCUGCGAAUCCCACUUCUCGAAAGCUUCGAACAGGUCCUUGAAGGGUUCUGGAGUUGAGGUAAUCGAGUCUUUGGACGAUGAUGAUGGGAAUGAGAAUUUGGCGGAUGGGAAUUCAAGAAAGCCUGUGAGGAAGACGAUGAUCAGGGUAAAGCCGAACAUGAACGUUAUUGUUAGGGUGCUGAUGGGUUUCAAUUGCAUAAUGGAAAAACCUGAAGAAGUACAGUACAAAUUUGUCUUGGUCUGUCUAGUCUGUAUGUUUUUCUGA